CAGCAGCGUCUGACGGCUGCAUCCUCUGCUGUAGCAGCGCCGCUUUUCCAUCCUCCUCUGCGUCGUCUGCACCUGACAUCCCGACCGCAGGAGUCUUUUGUGUCUCCACGGGGGCCAUUGUUGUUUCUCUCUUUUUGGAGGGGAAAAGAAACACCAUGGAAAUGAUGGGUAACAAAGAGCGACGAGGCGUGAAUUUCAAAGGCUUGCUGAGGAGGAAUUGGCUUCUUAUUGCCACCGUUGUGUCAGUGCUGCUCGGUAUCAGUUUGGGCGUCGUGGUCAGAGAGUAUUCGUCCCUCUCCCAUCUCAACAAGCAGUACUUUGGCUUCCCGGGAGAGAUCCUCAUGCGAAUGCUGAAGCUGGUCAUCCUCCCACUCAUCAUUUCAAGCAUGAUAACAGGCGUUGCAGCCCUGGACUCUGAGGUAUCAGGAAAGAUAGGUCUGCGCGCGGUUGUUUAUUACUUUUCUACAACCAUCAUUGCAGUUAUUCUUGGCAUUAUCUUGGUGAUGACUAUCAAACCUGGAGUCUCUCAGACAGCUGAGCACAUUGACAGAGCCGGGACCACACCCAACGUCACAACAGUUGACACACUCCUGGACCUCAUAAGAAACAUGUUUCCAGAAAAUCUGGUGCAGGCUUGUUUUCAGCAGUACAAGACCAAGCGCAAAGAGCUGGAGCCUCCGAAGGUUUCAGCCAACACCACCACAAUUCCACCUCUCACAACUACUAUCAUGGCGGUGGUAGAGAAUAUAACCAGGGACUAUAAAAUCAUCGGGACAUAUUCAGAUGGAAUCAACGUACUGGGGCUUAUUGUGUUCUGUGUUGCUUUUGGCCUUGUCAUUGGGAAGAUGGGUGAAAAGGGCCGUAUCCUCCUGGAAUUUUUUGAUGCCCUGAAUGAAGCAACCAUGAAACUGGUCCAGAUCAUUAUGUGCUACAUGCCAGUAGGGAUCCUGUUCCUAAUUGCUGCGAAGAUCAUUGAGGUGGAAGACUGGGAGAUCUUCAGGAAGAUGGGUCUUUAUAUGGUGACGGUGCUGAGUGGUCUAGCUAUCCACGCCACCAUCUGUCUGCCACUGAUCUACUUUGUCAUCGUGAGGAAGAACCCGUAUACAUUUACACUGGGAAUGGCCCAGGCGCUGGUGACAGCACUCAUGAUCUCCUCCAGCUCUGCCACCCUGCCCGUCACCUUCCGAUGCGCCGAGGAGAACAAUCGCAUCGACAAGCGGAUCACCCGCUUCGUCCUCCCAGUGGGUGCCACCAUUAACAUGGAUGGCACAGCACUCUACGAGGCGGUGGCUGCCAUCUUCAUCGCUCAGCUGAAUAACUAUGCUCUGGAUGCGGGCCAGAUUGUUACUAUCAGUAUAACAGCAACAGUUGCCAGUAUUGGAGCAGCAGGAGUCCCUAAUGCUGGGCUCGUCACCAUGGUGAUAGUCUUAACAGCUGUUGGAUUACCUGCAAGUGAUGUCACUCUAAUAGUUGCUGUGGAUUGGCUGCUGGACCGGUUCCGCACUAUGAUCAACGUUCUUGGCGAUGCUUAUGGAGCCGGAAUCGUCCAGAAACUAUCCAAGAGGGAACUGGAGAGGAUGGAUCUGACAUCUGAUGUGGACGUCACCAACCCCUUCGCUCUGGAAGCCACUUUGGAUGACGAAGAGUGCGAGAAGAAAUCCUACGUCAAUGGAGGCUUCACCGUCGACAAGACAGAUGCAAUCUCCUUUACUGAAACCUCCCAGUUUUAGCCUCUGGCUGGCUCUGAGGAGCAGAGAAAGUGCCAUGCUGCUAUGGAUGUCAAGCGGAAAACCUUCCAUCAUGUAUCAGCACCAUGACGAGAGAGGAAAACUAUCGAGCUAGACCCAUCCAAGCUCAAACAUCAGCAAUAGCAGCCUCUGUUAAGCUUAACCAAGAUGACCACCCUUUAUGUUGGACAUUUAUAACCACAACUAGAUUAAAGUGCUUCCUUCUUACACUCAAAUUGUGCCAAGAUUAAGAAAAGUCCGUUUGUUUUUUUUAGAAAUACGAGUGUGUUCUUUCUUGCAAGGAUGCACUGAAAGGAAGAGCUUGUGUGUGUGUGUGUGCACGAGGACAUUUUUUUGGAUAUAUCUGAGGUGUAUGUAUGUAUUUUGCAAAAAAGAAAAGAUCAAUUUAACACAAGAGAAAACAAAACAAUAAUCUGAAUUUGAAAUCUACUUUAUUUAAUCCUUGAUUAGACAAUUACUCUCUGAAAUGUGUGAAUGAUCUUUUUCGCGUGGCUGUAUAUCUGCACUGCUUGUAUAUCUAUCUGUAUAUUUAAACUGUGCCAAACAUAUAAAGAGGUUUUUCACCAAGUU